AAAAUGAAAAUGCAAACCAAAUACACCCUUAAAUUUUAAAUUUUUCUGCUUCUCAGAUAUGCAGAGAAAGAGAAGGCCAAUGAUUGAUUACAUGGACAAAGUUCAGAAACAAGUUACGACAACUAUGAGGACAAUAUUGGUGGAUUGGUUGGUAGAGGUAGCUGAGGAGUACAAGCUUCUCUCCGAUACCCUUCAUCUAUCUGUUUCGUACAUCGAUAGGUUUUUGUCUGUUAAUCCUGUUAGCAAAUCAAGACUUCAGUUACUGGGUGUUUCAUCCAUGCUCAUUGCUGCCAAGUAUGAGGAAGUUGACCCACCCCGUGUUGACCCGUUCUGCAACAUCACUGAUAACACAUACCACAAGGCAGAGGUUGUAAAGAUGGAAGCUGACAUGCUCACGACCCUAAAGUUUGAGAUGGGAAAUCCAACUGUAAACACCUUUCUAAGGAGGUUUGCAAAUGUUGCUUCUGAGAACCAAAAAACACCAAAUUUGCAGAUUGAAUUUUUGGUUGGCUACCUUGCUGAGCUAAGCUUGCUGGACUAUGAUUGUUUAAGAUUCUCGCCUUCUAUCAUGGCUGCAUCAGUUAUAUUUCUUGCCAGGUUUAUUAUCUGGCCUGAAGUGCAUCCUUGGACUUCUUUGUCUGAAUGCUUGGGUUAUGAACCAGCUGAUUGAAAAGAAUGUGUCCUCAUCUUGCAUGACUUGUAUUUGUCAAGAAAGGCAGCCUCCUUAAAAGCUGUUAGGGAGAAAUACAAGCAACACAAAGUGAUUAUUUUUGCAUCUCUUUUGUCGUCAUAUACAUCAAUUCUCCUUGUGACAAAUUGAGUAACUAGAAAUCUUCGGAACAGUUCAAAUAUGUGGCAAAUCUGCCUUCCCCUCCACAUGUACCAAUUUAUUACUUUGAAGAACAGUGAUGCAGUGGAAAUUCUUUGAUAAAUAAAACUCAUUUGAAAAAUAGAAGACUUUUUGAAGUGAUCUACUCUGAUGGAAGUUGGUAUCUUUUAAAUCAUGCUUGAUCAAGCAUGUGUUGAACAGUGUGGUUUGUUCGACCAUUGUUUGGAAGGGCCUGGCUUAGAAAAUUGAUGGGCAAGGUUUGUGUCUGAAUUGCAAGGGCAGCAGGAUCAGGACACAUACCAAUGUUCAAUUGCCUUUCCUGAUGAACUAUCAUGGAAAGACCUUUAAAAAGGAAAGGGCUUAAAUAAAAAGAUCAUAAAUGGUACUAUUACAUAGUUAUCAUUGAGGCCAUGAAGGAAACACAGGACACAAUCUUGGAUACAGCUGAACAAAUUUGUCAGUCUAGCAAUAGCAUGCAUCUGGAGAAUCACUCCAUAGGAUGAGGUUAAAGUUGCAUAGUUCAUUCUAGAGGUGAAGUAGUUUGAAUUUGGAGGAUUUGAAGUUUUGAACAAAGUCAUCUUGUGAAAAGCGGUACUUAUGAUCUUGCUAGACAUCUUUGUCAUCAUUGAUCCAAAUGAUGUUGGCUGCAAUCUCGUGGGAGACUCGGUGAUUCAACCAAGACAGCACAAGGGUUUUACACUGCUUCCAAGCAAAAUACAAGGGAUCUUUAUCUCGGGGUUUAGAGAUGGUGUUGCCAACAAAUUUCAAUCUGGUCAUCUGCAAAGCCAUGGCUUGGGUUUGUUGGUGUUAAUUUAGAAUUCUUCUAAAUUGGAAAUGUACUUUGAUUUAAUCCACAUUAAUUCCUCCAAGAAUGAGGUGAAAUUUGAUGAACAAUUUGUUGGUGUAAAGUUUAUGUUUGCGAUCAAGAUUGAAAUUGAAAAGGACCAAAUUUCAAGAUAUUAA